GUCAGUUCACUUCAAGCUUAAACAAAAAACGGAGCAUUCGGAAGCAGGAUGGCGAAAUCUACGAAAUCUAGACGUCCAACCCAAAAAGUCCAACCCAAAGGAAGCAAGAUGGCGUACAAAAGAAAGAGAUUCCCAAGAAGCAAGACGCCGUACAAAAGUCCCAGAUUCCAAAGUAUAGGAAGCAGGAUGAAUAAAAAAGCACAAGCAGCCAAACUCCAAAGAGCGGAGAAGAGGCAACAGGCUAUUGCGGCAGAAAACAGGGCCCUCGAAGUACCACGGUCUUCUUUGAUAGACCCGGCGUCUCCAGGACCUACACCAGGAAGAAGAGUUGUUAAACGCCCACGAGGCUUGGUUGGGCUAGUGAACACAGGCAUAAAGUGUGCUCUGAAUAGCAUCGUUCAGUGCUUCUUAAACACUCCAGAACUGAGGAAUUAUUUCCUGAGGCUAGCCCAAGGAAUUGGCAAGCCCACCGUCAAGGAAUGCGACAGGGAUAGCAGCAGUUUGCGCAUGGUGAAAGGUUUCGCUAUACUGAUAGAGAGACUCUACAACACAGGCCAACGCUGCUUUACACCAGUGGCAUUCUGGGAAGCGGUCGAACUUCAUUCUGUCGUGCGUCACAGGCAACAUGACUUCUUCGAUGACGAUAAUCAACCUUGCGCCAUGGAUUUCCUCACUUUCUUGAUAAACGCCAUGUUUGAAGAGGAAGAAAAUGGCCAGCUGUCCACCUUGGCGUCUGUCGGGGUGGGCGGGCCGUCAGACGAUAUCAGAAGACUUUUAAGUAUGGAGUCAAGAGCCAUGGUCACCUCCGAUGAAUGCGACUUCCUCUCGCAUGGGCCGAUUGAGAAGCAUUGGGACAUAGGCAUCGGCGUCCCGUUACAGAUCAGCAGCAGCGGUCUGCAAUUGACGGACCUAUUGAAGAGCUAUGUCCAAAGUGGCCGUCUGAAGUGCAUCGUCUGCAAGCAGGAAAAGGCAGCAACGAUGAGGCUGUCGACUUGCCCACAAGUUCUCAUUUUUCGAUUGGACUGGCUCCAUCCGUCUGGGAAGGCGUCUGGUUGGCUACGAUUUCCGCUGAGUGGCCUGAAGCUGGAAAACACCAUGAGCAAAGAACCUGCAGUAUAUGAACUCUGGGCCCUCGCAGAGCACUGGGGAAGUGGUCGUAGUGGGCAUUACGUAGCCUACGCCAAAAACCAGGACACCAUGUUAUGGUAUAAACUGAACGAUACCUGCGUGAGACAAGUGAGCCCAAAUCAGGUAACUGCUUACCAUCGAGAAGGAGCGGCAGAAGGCAACCCUGUCCUGCUAUUUUACAGUCUGAGCACACCUGCAGCCGUCCCAACUGAAAGUGCUCGUACGGAUGAAGGGCCAAGCUAUGGGGACCCAGUAAAUAUGGCGCUGCGACAAAAGAUCAUCAUGCGUUUGGAUCAACUCAUGGAUGACCGGAAGUCUUUAAAAGCCCUUGAAAAAAUGGCGACGGACAAUGUAGUCAGCAAUAUACAACGGAAAAUGCUCCAAAUAUGGGAAGAAAGAAAAGUGUUGUUAGACAACUUGGCUGAGGUGUCCGGGGACACAGAUGAAAAAUUGAAGGCCGAAGAGGCGAUCAAAAAUAAACAACAAACACUUGACGAAUUGUUUAGAGAACAACGAGACUUGUUUGACAACUUGGCUGAGGGAUCAAUGGAGACAACAGAAGAGGUUUGACCUGAGCCAUCCAAUGACCCUAAAUAAUUGAAGAAUGUAGGGGGUGUUUCCAUGGACGCAGGAAACUCAAGCACGCUGCGUCGAUAUUUUCUUCUUUCUUCUUUUCUUCUUCUUUCUUGUGCUAUUUGUUCAUGAUUUUGUUCUUUUUUUGAUCCCCGUUGACCUGUCACGGACCCUUUUUGUUAUUCCCCCUUUUUCCGCAAUGGCGUGUUUUAUUUUUUUGUUUGUAUUAAUAAACCCUUGUUUGCAUCCCCUCCA